AGGAGUAUCGUGUGCCGUCGGUGGUUGGCGAGCGUUGGAAAGAAGGCAAGAGGAGCAAGAGCACGUGGACGACUGGCACCGCGACGAGGGCCGGCGGCGCGACAGGUUGAAAAGAUGCUGGCACUGGCGAUGCGCCGCGAACACACGACCGGGCGCAGCAAUUACGAGCCCGCGAAUCCGCUCGCGGGUUUCGACCACUUGCAGCACAACAGCGGCAACCCGUUCGCGGUGGUGCCCUCGUCGUCGGAGGGCCGGCUCCGCGAAACCGGCCCGGAGCCCGACGGCGAGUUACAGGAAUUCGUAGACAUCGCUCAGGUACAACAGCUCCUGCAGCAGCAGCAGCAGCAGCAGCAACAACAGCAGCAGCAGCAACAGCAACAGCACCAGCAACAACAGCAGCAGCAGCAACAACAACAGCAGCAGCAACAUCACCACCACCAUCAUCAGCAACAGGUGGCGGCCGCUGCGGCUGCGCCCUGCAUCUGGGGAACGGUUUAUCCACCGCCAUCGCAUACGCUCGGAUACCAUCAUCACCACCAUCACCAUCACCAUCAUCCACCGCCACCACCGUCAGGCGAGGACACGCAGUGCGGUACCGAGGAGGUUGCCACCGCCAGCAGCCAAGCAGGCGACCAACUCCAGAGGAUGACGAUGGACGGCAUGGAAGUGGUGGGCUCGCAACCACACGCGGCCACCAGUCCGUUUUUGCUCUCACCGCCACCCCUCGGGCAUCACCACCAUCAUCAUCAUCAUCAUCCUCAUGCCACCUUCAAUCUACAGGCGGUGCAGCUAAGUUUCGACGCGUGUCUACCGUACAACGCGGCGACAUCCUCCAAUUCGAUCGUCUGCGGCGUUGGCGGCACGUCAACGCCGGCCGCUACCACUUGCACCUCGUCCACGAGCUGCAACAAAACGAUACCGACCCUGUCGCUGGCCACUUGCGCGCCCCUGCAAGCCCAGCAUCAAAACACUACCGAUACCUCGGACCAUCAUGGUCGACCGCAUCAUCACCAUCACCAUCAACGACUGGACGACCAUCAACAUCAUCGGCACGUCGAUGCCUCCUCGCCGUCCAGCGACUCCACCGAUGGCAAGAGGCGUUUGCAGUCCGUCAACGAGGACAAGGACUGCUCCAGAGACGAUCUCCAGGAGCCUAACGAGAAGGAUAAACCAGGUGACCUAAACACGCCGGUUACCACGAGCAGCGAUUUACCGUCCUUCUUCGGCCCCUCCGCGCUCGUCGAGCCACCUCCUAUUUCAGGCAGCCUGGCGGGCGAAGACCUGUCCCUGGAAGAGGCGACACCGGAGGACGAUGAAACGGCUACCUCGACCGGCAGGGAUCAUCGACACCAUCAUCACCAAGAGUCUCAGGACCAAGGCACGCCUGGCGCUCCUCCAUCCGCUAGUCCACCGCGUCAUCAUCAGACCCAAGAGGACGCGGAUCGUUGCAACGUGCUGCAAGGCGGAGUAAUCCUCUACUCUUCCCCUCAUUCCACGUCCUCGGUGUCUUCGGCGCCCGCGUCCAGCGUGAACAUCUGCAACGUGCCUACCGCCGUUGAUCUACCACGGUUGACCUACCGCGGCGUCUUCACCACCACAUGUACGCAAUCCUCGCCGCUCAACGCUCUGCAGAAUCAACAGCAACCGCCCCAGCAGCAGCAGCAGCAGCAGCAACAACAACCGGCCAGUCAGGAGAUCUGGGGUCCGUUAGCCUCCCCGACAUUGACCUUGACGGGUCAGCCGUUCCUCCACCCCAACCUUCACUCGGCCCCGUACGGCGGCGAGACCGUCGAACUUCUGCCGGUCGAAUCCAAGCCACCCCCGCCACCAGGUUACCAUGACACGCCGACCACCACCCCGACGGCGUGGCUGACGACGCACGAGGACGCCUACGAUCCGAAUCUCCUGUCCCACCAUCAUUCCCAUCAUCAUCAUCAAGAGACGACGUUGAAGCAGGAACCGACCGGAUCCGCCGGCUACGGGCCAAACGUGCAACAGCAGCAGCAGCAGCAGCCGCCGCAGCAGCAACCUCAACCGAGUCAACAGCAACAGCAACAACCGCCACCGUCGGCUGGUACAACGGGCGUGCAGCUGGCGGAAUACAACCCCAGCACGUCCAAGGGACACGAGAUUCUCUCGCAGGUUUACCAGCAGAGCGCUCUGCCGCUCAGGCUGGUCCCGGUGAAGCCGCGCAAGUAUCCGAAUCGACCGAGCAAAACGCCGGUGCACGAACGGCCGUACGCUUGCCCCGUGGACGGCUGCGACCGCAGGUUCUCCCGCAGCGACGAGCUCACCCGGCACAUUCGCAUCCACACCGGCCAGAAACCGUUCCAGUGUCGUAUCUGCAUGCGCUCCUUCUCCAGGAGCGAUCAUCUCACCACUCACGUGAGGACGCACACCGGCGAGAAGCCGUUCUGCUGUGAUCAAUGCGGCCGAAAGUUCGCGAGGAGCGACGAGAAGAAACGGCACGCGAAGGUUCACCUGAAACAGAGGCUGAAGCGAGAAGCGACCCACGCCUCGGCCAGAAAUCACCCUCAGAGCCACGCUUCGCCGCCGUGCAACCAGUAGAAACGCCGUUCGCCGAUUUCCAUCGCGAUCGACCUCGAUCCUUCCCUCGAUCCAAGCCGAUCGCGAUGACAGUCGCGCGCGACGCAGCUUUCUCGCCAUGCCGGGCGACGAGGAAACGACGGAGACCUUUAGGCGGAACACGUUCACGGACUGCCGUCACCGACUGAUCCGUCAUCGAUCGUCGUCGGCACGCCAGCGAUCCACGAAUGGGGUUCGACGAGGAUCAUAGGCCUCUCACCACCCAAUCCACGGCAUUUUCGACGGCAUGUAACGACGCGUGAUACCGAGCUUCUCGGACAGUAGUACGUAAGAAUUACUAAUCGCGGAGGAUUUUCCGUGCAAUCCUUGUAAAUAGAAUUUUUAAUCGGGACAAUUUCAACGGUACGUAAAAUACCAUGUCCGUGUCAGGUGUCGUCGGUCCGACGACGACCACGAGCUCUCGCCGCGUGUAGAAUACCGAUCGAUCCUUUCUCCCCGAUCUCUCUAGGUGUGUAAGUACACUGGAUCGCCAAAAGGGACGAUCGACGAGGGAACACGGAAAUCGCCGUUGUACCGUACCGAUUUCUUCGCGUGUAUACGCGAAUAUCCACGGUGCUCCCGCGUUUUUCCUUCCUUCUCUCGUUUCGGUUCGUUUCUCCUUCUCCCGCGUCCCUUUGGCCUACGGCGAAACGUUGCGCGAGCAAGAGAGAUAGACGGAGAGAGUGCGAGAGAGAAAGAGAGUGAGAGAGAGAGAGAGAGAGAGAUUGAGACAGAGAGAGUGACCACAGUUGCAUUUAACUCGCGUAGGAAUGAGUACGAGGGAAAAUUCUAGCUUCGCCGAGGUACUACUCUGUUAGCUUGUUUCCUCGGCGACGAGUCCGGUCUCGGUCCUCGAAGAAGGCGCGCGUGCGGUGUUUUUAGCGGUAAACGGGGAGAACGGGAGAGAAAGAGGAAGAAAGUCAGGGAGGAUAUUCGAAGCGAGAGACGCGUUGGAGAUCGUUAUUUACGGCGGUCGCGUUUUAUGCCCUUGUUUGCGAUCGGGAACGGGAUGCAGAUGCGAAAAUCGGCGUUAACCGCGAGUAGAUACGCACGCGAAAUAUUCCCAUGUCGCGAAAUAUACUGCGACCAGCUUCUCGAACGAAUCGCGUAGAAUCGAUACCGCCCGCAGCUUCCGGGAAUCAGGGAGGAAUUCGCCGAAGAAGAAGAAGGAGGGAGAGAAAGAAACUGCGCACUCUCGAUCGCAUGCAAACGAGCGCGUGAAAAAGGUGCCAUACGCGAGCACGCUUCUCGAAACGGUCGAGGGAUCUCGUAUCAGCUUUUCCAGCUCUCUCAUGAUCGAAACCGGUCGAUGUUCCCCGAUCGUUUUAUCCCGAGCGUUCGUUCGCAUCGACGAAAAUCGCGCGCGAUUCCGAUCCCACGUCCUAUUCCAGAAACGUCGAGACACGUCGACGAGUAUUUUCUAAGUAUUUUUAUAAAUCACACCGCUCGACGAAGCGCAGAAAGAUAGUUCGAUAUCCCGCGCGAUCGGUGCCCCGAUCCCAUGAGAGAGCACCAUACGAGGAUCCAUCCGAUCGACACCGACGGACGAUCGGUAUACGUACACGCGCCAUUUUGCGUCCUCGAACCUCGUGUCUUUCAAUCGUACGAUCGUAUAAUAAUCGCUUCUUACUCGUUAUCGUCCUCUACCUCUGAGACUCGUUCACACUCGUUCCUACGACACCUUUCGUGCUCCGGACACGCUAAAUCUCGGACCCUUGCCGCGUGUCCUAUCGAACCUCUUGCCACGUCUUCUUCUUCUUCUUCUUCUUCGCCACCCUCUCCUAAGAAAACCCUCUCCACCUCUUCUUUCUCUCCUUAUCUUCCUUUUUCUUCUUCUUAUUUCUUCGUCUUCUUCUUCUCGUCGCCCCGUAGAGUGCCCCCGGCUUCUCGAAAGUCUCGCGACCUUAUCGCGUCCCCGUCGUGUUAACCCUCCUCCACCGCCAGCAAACCCCACGAGUAAACUGUAAUUAGUCGCGAUCAUCGUUGUUAAACGGGAGUUUUCCUCUGUAAAUAUGUAUAUAACGUGUUAUACAUAUGUACACAUAGGUUACGUCUAAUCGAAUCGUGUCGAGACAGACGGAGAGUGAGAAAGAGAGAAAGAGAACCCGUAAAAUCUUUCACUUUCCUCCUUUUAAUCUUGCCGCCCUACUUUCCCUCCUUUCCUCUCGACCUCCCCCUCUCCAUCGCGAUCGUUUACGUGUAUAAAAUAUGAGUUUA